GAAUGAGACACUCGCACCUUGAUCAACUCUCACACACCACAGUCAAACACCACUGAAUUGAGUGAAUGUCUGUCUGUCUGUCUUCACUCACAGAUAGAUGCGCGACAUAAGGCUCCCUUAAGCCACUGUGUGCCAGUGCACAUGGCAUAAGUCGCCUAGGGAAACCCAGUCAUACGAGCAUAAGUGCGUUUCGUUGAAUCCAUUACUUGUGUCUUUGUGGGAUGCACUCAUGAAUACCUGGCAGAAAAUAUCUCAUGUGCACAGACAAAAGGCACACCACGGAGGAGGUCUGUCUAUCGCAGACGCACACGGUCACAGCUCACACACACGUGUGUCGCUUCCAUUCAGCGAUCGAUCGACCAGCACACACGCGGGUAGAAUAAAAGCAGAAGCGGGCACACACACUCACACUCAACCACAGCAGCAGACAAUACAACCAAGGAGCGGGGGCACCACACACACACGGAGACAGUGACCGACCGAUCGAUAAACCAGCCGCGAAAAGGAUACACACUCACCCACCCAUCCACUCAUGGCAGACAAGCAGACAGACAGACAGACAAACAUCAACGCCGCGAUAAAAAUUCAGCCCGUUGCUGCCUUUCACUCUUGUGGCAAAAUGCGACCCACAUCGAUGGCACUGAGGGAGAAAGAGUGUAAGAGGCAAUCACACACAUACCCCCCCGCACACACGCACAGACACACAGAGUGAGAGAGAUAAAGAGUGUCACCGAUGAAUAAGGCAGCAGCGGAGAGCACACUCGCUCAUCCGUCCACUCAUGGCGGCCAGGCAGAGACACAGACAGACAGUGAGGGGUCAGAGGCGACGAAACCUGAGGCCCCCCCCUCCCCUGUGUGCGGCAAAGGUGCUGACAAAUGUGCCACAACACAAUGGGGAAUCACUCAAUCACAGACAUCACAAUGCACUUCCUCCUUCCCUCAAAGCCGUCAGUCACCCAGUCAGCCAGGCGACGAGGGAAAAGCCCCCGGCCACACACAUGAGUGUGUGACACACAGCCGCCCCCAUGUGUGUGUGUGUGUGUGUGUGUGUGUGCAGUCUCUCCUACUCUAUGCUGAUCAAACGCAGCUGACGGAAGCGGGCAGGAUAUCUGGGUGGCGCUGUGAUUCGCCAAAUCUCGCCCUCUCGCAUCGACAGCAACGGCUCACGCAACCAGUCAAUCAGAUCAGACACACGACGCACCUCCCCACGAUUCUCGAAGGCUUUGCGCUGGCCGUCGAAUCCAUAACGCCAUACGAUCAGGUCGAUCUUGACGCGGUCGUUGAGUGUCGGCACUCUGCCGGCGCCCUCCUGGAUCACCUCAUAUCGGUAGCCAGUCGAUGGCAGUGUGCCGGUCCGACGGCCAACACUGCUGCUGUUGGCGGUCUGCUGCUGUGACAAUGAGGAGCCCUCCUGCCGCUGACGCAGUGUGGCGCCGCCCCCAUUGAGCACACCCACACUGAGGAAUGAGCAGACACACACACAGCAGAGGGCAUUUAAAUGUCUGCCUGUGCCGCCAGUCAGUGCAGCCAUUGUGUGUGAGAUACCUGCUGGCCAGCUGCCGUAGGUCCAGAUUGACAUCUUCAAACAGCCUGAUCAGCCCAUAGUCGGUCUUGCGGAUAAACCGCCGCUCUCUGUCGCCGGCGAGAGGGCCGCCCUCCCCCUGCUGCACCAAAAUGUACAGCCCACUGCCGUCGGUGAAGACAUUGCGGCCCUCAAACAGACCCACCACACGGCCCGACAGACUGCUCACAGACGAUGACAUCCUCACAGAUCCAACGCGAUGCUGCACACACCACACACACACACACACACACAGAAGAGAGGGCACACAGAGGUGAACUUGUUGAUCAGAUCUCGGUCCUACUAUGGUCGCCUGUGCUGUCCUGACUCACCUGGCCUCGCGAGAAGGUUUGCCUCCCUGUCCUUGGGGCUGAGCUCGCAAAUGCCAGCUCGCACGACAGAACGCCAAGCACAAAAGGAAGGAUCUGUUCCUUCGCACGUGAACGACUCAU